UCUGUUCUUUGACCCCCUGUGCUCUACAGAAUACCAACUGCCUAAUUGUCAUGUUUCGCUCCUGGAUUCAAGUGUGUGGCCGACGAUUGUAUUCCACCGAGGCAACGCCGAGUUACUUUGUUUCAAGAACGGCCAACAAGGGAUUGCCCGUUUAUUCCGAAUUCAAGAAUGGUGGCACCCAGCAACUCACCAUCAUUCGUCGCAUAGAAGGCAAUGCCGAAGCUUUGAAAAACGAAAUUCUGCCAUUGUUCCCUGACGCACCCAAAGACCAUAUCCGAAUCAAUCCUACCAAUAACCAUAUCAUUAUCAAGGGUGUUUACGUCAACGAGAUCAAGGAAUGGUUGGUCAACAAAGGAUUCUAAAUGGCACUGUUGACAGUGCAUUCUGAGGUGCACCUUGUGUUAUGGUUUCAUCGUGUAAAUAUAUUUUCAUCUAGAAAGACAUCCAAUAAUACAAAAAGAAUUGUCAUUGGACGAACGAGUCAAAAAUAAUUGUCACUUUCCUUGUGAUACUCCUUACAAUGACAGGGACUCUUUGUUUUUUUAUUUAUUAUUGUUGU